AUGGAACAGAUACAAUCCCUGGUCCUCAACCCUCUAAAACCCUAUCUCCUUCCCAUAUCCAACAAUCUCCCCAAACCGAUAUCCGAUACCCUGAUAUCCCUCAUCGGUCGAACCUGUCACGACGCCCUCUUCCACAAGCUAGACAUAACAACACGCCCGGAAUGCCUCGGCCUCGCCAUCUCCAAAGCGCUCGGCAUCGUCAUCAUCACCACCGCUUCCAUCGUCAAAGUGCCCCAGAUCCUGAAACUCGUGCAAUCACAAUCCGCUGCCGGCUUGAGCUUCACCAGCUACCUUCUCGAGACCGCUAGCUUCCUUAUCACGUUGGCAUAUAAUGUCAGGAGCGGGUGGCCGUUCAGCACGUAUGGAGAGACGGCGUUGAUACUGGCGCAGGAUGUGGUGAUUGCGGUAUUGGUGUUGCGUUUCACGUGUAGGGAUGGUGCUGCAGGGACGUUUAUUGCGGGUGUUGCGGCUGCGGUCUAUGCGCUACUGGUCUCGGAUACGUUGGUGAAUGAGAAUCUGAUGAAUUAUCUACAGGCUGGGGCGGGGGCUCUGAGCGUGGCGAGCAAGCUGCCACAGAUCUUGACGGUUUACAGGCAAGGGGGAACGGGCCAGCUCAGCGCAUUUGCGGUGUUCAAUUAUUUGGCCGGGAGCUUGAGUCGCAUCUUCACGACGCUGCAGGAGGUGGACGAUAAAUUGAUCUUGUAUGGAUUUGUGGCCGGUUUUGUGUUGAAUGCUGUCCUGGCGGGACAGAUGGUCUACUAUUGGAAUGAGAAAGGUACGACGGCCAAACAUGGGGAGGAGGUCAGUGAGAAAGUACCUCAAGCUGUUGGCCAAGGGACUGGGGCGGAUGUGAAGAAAGGCGUUGCGAGUAGCACAAGGAGAAGGGGAUAG